AUGUCUAGAGACGCACCAAUUAAAGCCGAAAAGGACUAUACCUCGGUUCUUAAGGAAGAGUUUCCCAUAAUUGACAAGCUAGCAAAAUCUGAUGCAAACGCUGCCUUGGACAAAUUGCUAGUAUUGGAAAAGAAGACGAGACAAGCGGCGGAUUUGACAUCUUCCAAGGAUGUUUUAGCUAAGAUUGUUGACGUACUUGUGGAGAAGGAUAACUGGGAUGAGCUUGACGAACAAUUGACCCUGUUAUCCAAGAAACAUGGUCAACUAAAGUUAUCGAUCCAAUACAUGGUACAAAAGAUAAUGCAAGCACUAGAUGAAAACAAGAAAAUCCCACUUAAGACUAGAAUCAAGACAAUCGAGACCAUUAGAACGGUCACUGAAAAUAAAAUUUUUGUUGAAGUAGAAAGGGCAAGAGUUACCAGAGAAUUGACAAAUAUAAGAAAAGAAGAAGGUGACAUAGCUAAGGCUGCUGAUAUAUUAUGUGAAUUGCAAGUGGAAACAUACGGGUCUAUGGAUAUGUUCGAGAAAAUUCAAUUUAUCCUAGAACAAAUGGAAUUGAGUAUAUUGAAAGGUGACUACUCUCAAGCUACAGUUUUCUCUAGAAAGAUUCUGAAGAAAACAUUCAAGAACGAAAAAUAUGAAUCAUUGAAGCUACAAUACUACGAACUAUUAAUUAAAAUUGGUCUUCAUAAAAAUGAUUACUUAGAAGUAGCUCAAUAUUUCCAAGAAAUAUAUGAGACAAAGUCUGUGAAAGAAGAUGAAGAAAAAUGGAAGCCGGCACUUUCUAGAAUGGUAUACUUCUUGAUCUUGGCACCAUAUGGCAAUCUACAAAAUGAUUUGAUUCACAAGAUUCAGCUCGAUAACAAUUUGAAAAAAUUGGAGCAACAGGAAUCUUUAGUAAGGUUGUUUACCACAAAGGAGUUUAUGAAAUGGCCAGUAGUUAAGAAGACAUAUGAACCUGUAUUGAUCCAGGACACGGUGGCAUUUGGUGGUAAAGACAAUAAGCACCACUGGGAUGAAUUAAAGGAUCGAGUUGUGGAACAUAACCUAAGAGUCAUCUCAGAGUACUAUACCAGAAUCACACUAGCCAGAUUGAACGAACUUCUUGAUCUAACAGAAUCAGAAACAGAAACAUUUAUUAGUAACUUGGUUAACCAAGGUGUCAUAUACGCCAAGGUAAAUAGGCCGGCAAAGAUUGUUAACUUUGAAAAGCCUCUAAAUUCAUGUGAAUUAUUAAACGAAUGGUCAGACAACGUAAAUCAACUACUAGAAAAUAUUGAAACUAUUGGCCAUCUGAUUACAAAGGAAGAAAUAAUGCAUGGACUAAAAGCCAAAUAA